GGUUUAGGUGGUGGACACUCGAGGAACUAUGGGGUACUUUAUAUACCAAUUUUUAAUAAUUAAUCCAAAAAAAACGUGGAGAUUUCUUGUUACUAUCUGUCAAACAAGAAUCACUCUUUCAGAUUUGGAAUCAACAGGGGUACCAGCAUAUACUGUUGUCUCUUGCCUGGAACUUUGGCUGAUUUCAUGGACUAUCUGACUCAAUUCUCCAAACUGCCAUUUAUCUCUUCAUUUAACUGGAGGAUAUUUCUGACAUUUACUUUUAUAAAAAAGGACAUUUAUGGAAAGGACCACAAUGUCCACAUGUACCUUCCAUUAUUAACCAAAAAAUAAUUCAAAUUUUUUAACCUCGUCUACUUUACACACCAAGCAUUUGCCAUUUCCCGGUUUCUUCAACGACUGGAUCCCAGUGAAAACCUCCAUCAAAGUAGAGAAUAAAAUCAAUCGAAACACAUCUCGCGAUUUCUUUUUUUAGAAUAGCCUUUUGAUGAUUUCAUGGUUUUCACCGAUUAAGGAGCUCCCAAAUAAUCGUUCAUUUCAGGAUUCGGCUCAUUGAUCACUCAGGUAGUCAACACCAAAGUUCUAAAAUUUCCAGCUCUUGACUCUACAGGGAGACUUCUUGUAAGCUAUGAGCGACAGUAUAAAGAAAUCUGCCUCAAAUGAGUGUGAGAAGCUCUUCCCAUCUGAAGAGCAACUAGCGAAGAUUAACGAGGUGAGGAAGUUGCUGGGACCAUUGUCUGAUAGGUCAUCCAUUUAUUGCUCUGAUGCAUCAAUCUCAAGAUAUUUAACUGCACGGAAUUGGAAUGUCAAGAAGGCAACUAAAAUGCUAAAAGAAACAUUAAAAUGGAGAGCAGAAUACAAACCAGAAGAGAUUCGUUGGAAUGAGAUUGCUCAUGAAGCGGAGACAGGGAAAAUCUACAGAUCAAAUUAUGUUGACAAGUAUGGAAGAACAGUACUUGUCAUGAGACCUGCUUAUCAGAAUUCAAAGUCGACUAAAGGACAAAUUAGGUACUUGGUGUACUGCAUGGAGAAUGCUAUUUCAAAUCUGCCGCCAGACCAGGAACAGAUGGUCUGGCUAAUCGAUUUCCAAGGUUUCAAUUUAUCACAUAUUUCAGUGAAGGUAACACGGGAAACAGCCCAUGUUUUACAAGACCGUUAUCCAGAACGCCUUGGUGUGGCAAUACUGUACAACCCACCGAAGUUCUUUGAACCAUUCUGGACGGUGGUAAAACCCUUUCUAGAGGCCAAGACUCAGAAUAAAGUCAAAUUUGUUUACUCAGAUGAUCCCAACUCCAAGAAAAUAGUGGAGGAGCUAUUUGAUAUGGAUAAAUUGGAGUCUGCAUUUGGUGGAAAUGAUAACUCUGGUUUCAACAUCAAUAAAUAUGCCGAGAGGAUGAGGGAAGAUGACAAGAGAAUGCCCUCUUUUUGGACAAAAGAAAAAGAAAAAGAAAAAGAAAUUCCUCCCCUAGUAGACCCCGAACCUGCCCUGACUUCAGCCGCUUCCAAUUCUCUUAACUUGAACUCUGACUCAGAUACUUCUGACAAUGAUAAAAUAGUUGCUUCACCGUCUGAUGAAAUAGACUCAGAAGCUGUCCCCACAAAUGAAAUUACUGACGGUAGCAAGACUGUCGUGGGAGAAGUACAUUAGGAUGAAGAUGAAACAGCAUAGCCUGGCCUUGUUAUUAGGGUAUGGUUACCAUUGAUGAUUGACAGUUUCAUUAGAAUGACAAAUCAAAGAGACUUUCUUUCUCAAGUUGUAUCUUAGUAUUCUGAACGUUUAAUGCAUGAAUUUUUUUUACUCAA